UACGAUACGAGAUAUACAUGGCAGCUUUAAAAUUCAACUACAAUCAUUUAGCCCUUUCUAUAUUCACCUUUUGUCUACUAACUACUACCACAGCCAGUGCAGGCUCGCAUGAGAAGGCUACACAAAACUGGUUAAACCAUGGCGGAGAUUUGUACAAUAGACGAUAUGCCAGCAAGGAGACCAAGAUCAGCCCCGAAACAGUUUCGAAACUAAGCUUCAAGUGGGAGUUCUAUACAGGCCGAGAAGUAUCUGCAACACCAGCAAUUUACGAUGACACCCUUUAUUUUCCUAGCUGGAAUGGAUACAUCUAUGCUAUCAAAGCUUCUGACGGUUCUGUAGUUUGGGAAAAGAAUUUAGAAACCUUGACUGGGAUUAAUGCGACUGGUUAUCUUCUUAAUGUCAACACGACGGUCUCAAGAUCAACCCCGACAAUCGCUGGUGACCUUUUGCUUAUCGGAAUCUGUGGACCAGCUGUUGUUAUUGCCCUGGAACGGUCAACGGGGAAGCUCAUAUGGUCAACCUUGCUUGAUGGCCAUGCGGCAAGUGUUGUUACCAUGUCCGGAACUUACUACAAAGGCGGUUUUUACAUUGGAACUUCGUCAGUAGAAGAAAGUGCCCCCAUUGCUACAUGCUGUACCUUCCGUGGCAGCUUUGCUAAAUUAGAUGUAAAAUCAGGCACCAUCUUAUGGCAAACAUUCGUGCUGCCUGAUAAUCAUCAAAAGCGAGGGCUAUAUUCAGGGGCAGCAAUCUGGGGCAGCAGUCCAUCCAUUGAUGUCCAUAGAAGACAUGUAUACAUUGGCACUGGGAACUUGUACUCAGUCCCUGAAAAUGUAACCCAAUGCCAAGAAAACCAGACCAAUAAUUCAACCAUCCCCACUCAUCCGGAUGCUUGUGUUGAACCUGAAAACCAUGGAAACUCAAUCCUAGCCCUUGAUUUGGACGGUGGCGAUAUCAAGUGGUACCACCAGCUGGGCGGCUACGAUGUGUGGUUUGUUGCUUGCUACCUUAAUGCUUCAAACUGCCCCAUUGGACCCAAUGUUGAUGCUGAUUUUGGGGAAGCACCAAUGAUGCUCAGAACAUAUGUCAAUGGAACCAGGAGAGAUAUUGUUGUUGCUGUUCAGAAAAGUGGGUUUGCUUGGGCUCUGGAUCGGAACAAUGGCAGCCUUGUAUGGUCUACGGAAGCCGGGCCGGGUGGCAUUGGCGGAGGAGGAACUUGGGGAGCAGCUACUGACAAGAAAAGGGUCUACACCAACAUUGCCAAUUCUGAUCGCAAGAACUUCACCCUGAAGCCAUCUAGCAACAUAACAACUGCGGGUGGAUGGGUGGCAAUGGAUGCUCGCAGUGGGAAAGUUCUAUGGUCAACGGUCAAUCCCAGCAACGCAUCUUCUCCUGGCCCAGUGAGUGUGGCUAAUGGUGUUUUGUUUGCUGGAUCUCCAGAUCCACAAGGAUCCUUAUACGCAAUGAACACCAGGACUGGAAAAAUCUUGUGGUCCUAUGAAACCGGAGCAUCUGUGUAUGGUGGCAUGUCAAUAAGCAAUGGCUGCAUUUACGUUGGAAAUGGAUAUAAUGUUAGUUUUGGAGUUGUGCUUGGAUUUACUCCUGGAACCUCAUUCUACGCCUUCUGUAUCACAUGAACUUUUAUCUCUCCUUCAUUCUGUAACAUAAUAAUAAUAAUAAUGUAAAACCUUCUCUACUAUUUGGAAUAAAUUAUCAUAUUCUGUAAA